AAAAAUAGUGAGCGACCCGGCCACCCGUCAGUUGCGAGCUCGACAUCGGUAGCACCACCGCUUCAGUCAUCGUGUGCUGGCGUUUCGGAGGAACACAUCGAUUACAUUUAUACGCCGGGUGAACUGCCUCGUGUACGCCAGAUGUGGUACUGCAUCUGUGACAUCAGACUUCCAGUUGCUGAAGAAAUUGUACGAAAAGAUUACUUCAUACAAGGUGAAACAGCUGAUCUGCAAAAUGGAUGGCUGCCGUCGAAAGUGAUUGAUCGCGUUCGGCAUGCAAUCAAAGAAGAUGUGUGCAAGCUGAGCACUCAAAUUGAGGAUGAAGAGGGCAUUCCGAUGGACAACGAGGAGGACUGGUGGGCCGAAUAG